CACAGAUACAGCAGGAGUAUGAACCUCUCCCAUUGGUUAUCAUAACCAACUCUGUGACAGCAAUGAAAAAUCAAUUCAAAAUGCACAUCAUAAAAUCAUUUGCAAUGCAAAACUGAAACCUAGAAGAUAAAACAGCAGAAGAACCUGGCCAUUUUUCUUUACUAUGUCCGACAGUUUUCGGAACAGAAUGAUCGACAUCAACAAUCUGUCUGCCUAUGACAACAGUUCUAUAGCGGAGAACGCUGGUGGAAAGUUUAAGGAUUUCCGCAAUGUUGCUGACUUCGUUCUUGGUAUCCUAUGUGUGUUACUCAUACCUUGUAUAUGUUUCGGAAACUUCCUUGUGAUUAUCUCGUUGGUGAAGUUCCGACGGUUACGCACGAUUACCUAUAUAUUGGUGGGGAGCUUGUCCGUUGCUGAUUCCUUACUAGCGGUCAUCACCCUUCCAGUUUAUUCACUAUUUUAUUUCAAAUUAACAUUUGUGCAAUCGGUGAAAUAUUUGUGUCUAUUCAAGUUUUCCUCAGUAUGUGCUUCCAUGAGUGCUUCUAUGAUAAACCUGGUUGCCAUUGGUUUUGACAGGUAUGUGGCCAUUUUGCAUCCACUUAAAUACAAGACAAUUUUGACUCACAAGAGAGUGCGGAUCUUUAUCGUGUGUAUGUGGAUCUACAUUGUACCAGUAUGCAUUCUACCUCUUGUCUGGAAUUCUUACGAUGAAAUACAAAUAUGCGACUACUUCAAAAUCCUGCCAUUAGCUUACACCUUAUACGCUGCUUUCUUUUCCAUUGGCAUCAGUCUGGUAUUCUCUCUCUUCUUGUAUAUCAGGAUAUUCCUUGUAGCCAGACAACAGCAGAAGCAAGUACGCAAGGACAGCUUAAGAGGAAACCAUAGAAUAGAUAAACAGAUGGAAAAAGAUACCAACUCUGCAAAAGUUAUGGCCCUCGUUUUGUUUCUGUUCUACAUAUUCUGGGUACCAUUCACCAUAAUAGGACCGAUUAAAUACAGUGUGAAAAUCGACAAUGACUUGUCGGAGACAUUGAAAAACAUAACUUUAUUCCUGGCUAUGAGUAACUCAAUGAUCAACCCGAUCAUAUACUGCUGGCUCCGUAGAGAAUUUCGCGAGGCUUUCCGUGCCAUUUGUAUAGAUUCGUGUUGCUUUAAUAUAAAAACCAACCGAAAGGAAAGUUUUGGAAAUUCUCUACUGUUUAAUAGCAUAAGUGCAGAGCAGAAAGAGGAAGCAAAACCUUAGACAGACAAAUGAAAAUUGAUCAUUGUAUUUCAUCUGCUUGUAUUAUUGUACUGUACUUUUGAAGGGUUUUACCUAUAUUUCCAUUAUUUGGCCCCGCCCCUCUGACCCCAGGGGGGCCACACCCACUGUUUGUACAAAAUCUACUUGGUCGUUCAAGACUAGUAGCGUUUUAAAGGAAAAGUUGACGGACGACCGACAGACGACGGACGCUGUGUAUGGCAUAAGC